GUCCUCAGUGGGUUUCCCGUGCACAAAAAAGGAAGCUGCUGUCGGCUCAACUUGGCUGCAGUCAUGGCUCGCCUCUCCUUCUCAGAAGUGGGCCUGCUGCUCCUGUUAGUGCUGGCUUUGGUGCUCAGUGCCGAAUCAGGACCGAGAAGGCAAAAGACCUUGAGGAGGAAGAAGAGGGAGUGGAUCCUUCCUCCUGCCAAGCUCAUGGAAAACACUGACUACCGACACAAGGAAUUCAUUGCCAAGAUUCGCUCUGAUAAAGAUUUAGGUGAGCUGGUGGAUUAUUAUCUCACUGGAGAAGGAGCUGACAAGGAACCCUUCAAUCUCUUUGUAGUGGACCGAAAGACGGGGUUUGUACGCAUCACUGAAUUACUGGACCGGGAGAAACGCCAAUUCUACAAUCUAACAGGGAUCGCAAGGUUCAAAGACGGGAAGAAAGCAGAGGAUGAUGUCCCACUGGCAGUCACGGUUCUGGACCAGAAUGACAACACUCCUUAUUUUGAGCUGCAAAUCGGCAACAUCACAGAGGAAAGCAAACCAGGAAGCGUUGUUAUGCAGAUCAAGGGGAAUGAUAAUGAUGAAGCUGGAACAAUUAACAGUGAGAUCAGCUACAGGAUCGUGAGUCAGGAGCCCGCAGGCACCGGUCACAUGUUCACUCUAGACAGAAAGACGGGCCAACUGUACGUCAAAGAGGAAAACCUGGACAGAGAGACUAUUGACUUCUACAAACUGGUCAUAGAGGGGACUGAUAUGGGAGGGGGAUCCAGCGGCCUAGUAGGGACAGGAACAGUGGAGGUCAAAGUCCUGGACAUCAAUGACAACAUCCCCACCCUGGAAAAAUCGGAGUACGAUGGGGAAGUGGAGGAAAAUGUUGUCGAUGUAGUUGUGAUGAGAAUCAAAGCUCUGGAUAAAGACCUUCGACACUCAGACAACUGGCUGACUGUCUUCAAAAUUGCCAAAGGGAAUGAAGAUAACUUGUUUUCAAUUGAGACGGACAAGGAAACCAAUGAGGGCGUCUUGAAGCUGAUUAAGGCUGUGGAUUAUGAAGAUGUCCAGAAUCUUGAGCUUGGCCUGAUCGUUACGAAUGUAGCUCCUUUUGUGAAGGGUGGUCCUAUAUUAAUGGAUGUGGACGUCCAGAUUGGAGAGGGUAAUCCUAUGGCUACUGGAGCGGGUGCUGGAGGCGGAGGUGGAGGCGGAGGCGGAGGUGGAGGCGGAGGUGGAGGCGGAGGUGGAGGCGGCGGCGGAGGUGGAGGACCAGGACCAGGACCAGGACCUGGACCUGGACCUGGACUUAAGCCAGAUGUUGGGGUUGGGGUUGGAGUGGGUGUUGGUAUUAAGCCAGGUGUCAAACCAGGAACAAAGCCUAAGCCAAAUGCACCGGCAAAGAGCUAUCCCAUUAAGAUAGCAGUGAAAAAUAUUCCAGAGGGUCCAGCAUUCAUUCCAACCAUCAAGAAUGUUCCUGUAUCAGAAGAUCCAAAUGAAGCACCUAAAGAUGGAGUGAUCACAGUUUUUGCUGCUGUCGAUCCAGACACAGGGCUACCAGCUGAAGAUGUCAAUUAUGCCAAAGCCUUUGAUCCAGAAAACUGGUUUACCAUCGAUGAAAAAACAGCUGAGAUUAAACUCAACAGGGUACCAGACAGAGAGUCACCUUUUGUGGUGAAUGGUACCUACAUUGCCAAGAUUCUGGCGAUCACAAAUGACAUGCCAUCAAAGACCGCCACAGGAACAAUAGCCAUUCAAGUCCUUGACUCCAACGACCACUGUCCCACUCUGACCACCACCCACAGCACCCAGUGCACUAAUGAAACAACUGUCUAUGUUACUGCAUUUGAUGAGGAUGCUAAUCCUAACGGAGCUCCAUUCACAUUCAGAGUCAUACCUGAUGGGACACGAGGGAGCUGGGACGUAGAAGUCGUCAAUAAGACGAGUGCCGCGCUUCACUCUCGUGAUCCGCUCUGGCCUGGUUUAUAUGAGGUUCAGGUGGAGGUGUUGGAUGCUCAAGGUCUGUCUUGCCCAUCCAAUGAAAUUUUUACCGUGGACGUUUGUACCUGUGUGGAGACAAAAGACUGCAAGAUAAAGGCAGCCAAAUUAGAAACUACUUCAACUGAGCUCUCUGCCCCAGCUAUCAGCCUCCUGCUAUCGGCAAUGUGCUUAUUGCUGUUUAUUCCUCUUCUCGUGCUGUUCUGUCAGUGUGGAGCAGAACUUUUUCCUGACAGUUUUCGUGACAUGCCAUGGGAGACCAAAGAACAACUCAUAUCUUACCACACUGAAGGCAGAGGCGAGGAUAAGGAAGUGCCACUCCAUAGUAUAUCUGUAUCUUUGGGUCCCCAAAAGACAUUUGGGACAGCACAAGGAUCAAAUUCCAAAGGCCCUAUUACAAAUACUAUAGAAAAUAACCAGACAACUACAAUCCAUGAGGGAUUUUUGGAAAGGUUUCGGGACAUCAGGCAAAGUUGGAUGGAGGUCGACAACAACGCUCACAGAUUAACAAGGGAUUUUGGCUAUGGUUAUGGCAGGCCAACAAUCAGCAGAAACACACUACAACACACGACAGCUCACACAACAGCUCUCUAUGAGGAUAUAGCCUUACCUGACGCUUUCCUGAAUGAUUACUACUCACAGAAAGCGAUGUGUGCUUUGCCUGCGAAGGACUGUUCUUUGGAGUAUAAUUUUGAGGGCCAGGGAUCCUCUGCUGGAUCUGUGGGCUGCUGCAGCCUCCUGGAAACUAACAACGACCUGCAAUUCCUCGAUGACCUUGGGCCAAAGUUCAAGACUCUGUCUGAUAUCUGCUCCCCUCCUAAACCAACACCCAAACCUUCCCUGACACACAAACUAGUAGGUGUUGUCCAAACCACAGUAAAUAAGGUUGAACCUGUUGUUAUGCCCAAAGUUGAGCGAAGCGUUGAAACAGAGCAUACUGAUGUCAUGUCAUCUACUAACAUCUCCAAAUCAUCCGUCAAUACUGUAAGCACUGCCCAUCAAUACAUGACACUUCCUAACUCUAAGGUUACUAACAUCAGUCAUUCCACCACUCUGCCCCCUCAAGCUCAUUAUUCUGCCAAUCUGCCCCAUCAAGCUCAUCAUUCUGCCACUCUGUCCCAUCAAGCUCAUACAGUUUUCUUACAGCCACAGCCAGUUUAUUACGCCACCAACCCUGUACUACAGCCCAUGCACUAUGUAGUUCAACCACAGCUACAGAACACGGUUAUGCUAGCAGAGGGGUCCCAUGGAGCUAAUUUUCCAGGCUUGUAUGUAGUCAGUGGGCCCCAAGGCUCUCCUCCUGGGCUAGUGAUUCAGGGCUUUGAGGGCCCAAAAAGCCCUGCCAGUCCAGUUAGCCCCACCUUCUUUCUACCUGGUAGUCCAGGUGUGUCUCCGGGCUCAGGCCCUGCAAAGGGUUGGAAAAUGAUAGGGCCAAAUCCCGAUGGUAAAUACAUGUUAGUUAAAGAUAAGAGACCAGAUGAUGCAGGUGAGGUUGACCCAGGCUCGUCUCAGGGCAAUUUGCCCAGAGGUGCAAUCCUGGUAAAAGAGGCUGCUCCCCCUCAGGGGGUGUUAGACCUAGCAGCUCAGGGGAGAGUGUAUGGCAUUCUGCCAGGACACACUGUUGCAAAGAGAGGGGGUGCUGUUGCAGUAAAUAGCAAUUUGGGGCAAACAUGGGUUGGGCAGCCAGGAAUGGGAAUGGCACAUGUGGUGACAGUGAAACCAGAAGUCAGACAGGUUGGAAUGUGGCAACCUGGGAUGACUCAAGUUGGCAUUAGGCAGGUAAGUACAAACCAGUACCAAGAAACUACGCAGUUGCAGCAAACAGCAGAUACCAGUGGUAUUCUAAAAGCAUCAGGAAUUAGUUCACCAAAUGAAGACAAGACUACAACAGUUGUAAAUACCAUCAUUUCAGCAGAAACCCAUCCAUCAAACGAAGAGGUGUUGAUAGAAAAUCAGUUGAAGUAUCCAGUUCAGAACAUGAAUUAUGAAAUGGUUGAGGAAAAGCAUGAUGUCCCCUACAUAUCAAUGCCUCUCGAGACAUCACUUGAUGAUGAGGAUCCUGGUAGGAUGGUCCAAACUGCAUUUGAAGACAAAUUGGGUAUCCAAGAAUGUCCUACACAAACAUCAGAAACAGCUCCAACAAACAAAUGUACAGAUAUGGUAAGUCAAACCACAGAAUCCAAUGUCCCACAACAAAACUCAGUGGAAUCAGAACAGCAGGAAAAUCAUGUUCCUGCUAAAGGUUUUUCAGAGGAAAAUAUAUCUCUGGUCAAUCAAAUGUCGACCACAGAAGUGUGCCAACCUGGAUCAGAUGUCAUUGAUUUAGUUAAUACAGGCAGAGAGAGUAUAGAGACAUCAACAAUUCCCCAAGGAGAGGGAUCCACAUCUACUUUAGAACACAUCAACAUUGUAGACGAUCAAAUACAAGAUAUCACAGAAGUAAAUGUGGACAGUCAAGAGUCAUUGAAAGGAGUCGUAAAAGAAGGAAAAGCUGUUCAUCUCACCAUAGUUGAAGGUCUAGAGGACAAAAGUCAGGAAGUUGGGUCAGAACCUCAAUUAGAUGAUGUGACAGAGGACCAAAUGGACAGGGAUCUGGAGGAAGAUGUCAGUCCAGCAGAGAACGUAGUGUCAGACAUAGAAACAAAUCAGGUAAUUGCCACCUCUAAUAGUAUCCAGGGAAAAGUGAGUAUGGAGGAAAUGACUGCAGAUAGUGUAAUCAAAGUCAGUGAUUCACAUGAAGACGUAAAGGCUCAGGAAGAGCAACUGCUAGAUUCUGAUGUAGGACUCGAUAGUAUGCAUGACAAAUUGUCAGCAACUCUUCCAAACAUGUUUUCAAAAGUGACUUUGAAUGCAUCUGAAGUUAAGUUGAACCUCGAACCAGAGUCAAUGCCAGAACCACAGUUUGGUCAAAGUGAAUGGAUUAUGAUAGACAAAGGUAAUGAAAAGACAGAUAGUGCUGAUGAAGCAAUAACAUCAUUGCAAACUGUCAGCACUAUUAUCCUUGGUGAUUCAAAUCUGACAUCAGCCACAGAAGAAAUAACCAAUCAAGUGCAAAAAGAGGUGUCUAAUGUGUCAACCAUGUCAACAUUAGAGCAACACAUGCAUACAGCAAAAGACAAUUGCUGUGGCCACCAAGAAGAAGAAAGUGGUACAGAUCAAGUUGAUGCAGACAGUAUGGAGAGAAGUGAUGGAGAGAAAGAGAGUAUUAUGGAGGAAGGAGUGCCACAGCAGAGUUUUAGCACCUCUGACCUAGAUGAAGACACUGAAAGACAAGAUGCUUUCAGUUCUCAAAUGGAAGAUCAUUUAAUUUCAGAUGACUACAUUAUUGAUGAAGAGAAAGGUGAAGAUUCUGUUGAAGCAAUGGUGUCACCGGAACAGCAAUAUGUAAAAUUCUCAGAUGAGCAAGCUGAAGUGAGUACAGAAGGAAAUGCAUCAUGCAUGAGUUCUCGAGUUGAUCAUACCUUAACCUCAGAUGAUAACAUAAAUGUUCCAGAGGUAGAGGAGGAGAGUCUUGAAGAGGGGACGACAUCCAUAGAGCAAAAUGUUAGCAUCAUAGACCACCAAGAUGAGUUUAUUGAAGGAGAAGCUGUGUCAGGAAGAAGUUCUUCUUUGGAGGAUCCUUUAGUCUCAGAAGAGAGUAAUGAUGAUGAGGAGAAAGGUGACAUUUCUGUAGAGGCAAUGGUAUCACCAGUACAUCAACAUUUAAAAUACUCAGAUGACCAAGGUGAAGGGAAUGCAGAAGGAAAUGCAACAUGCAUGAGUUCUCGAGAGGAUCAUAACUUAAUCUCAGAUGAUAUCAUAAAUGUUCCAGAGGAAGAGGAGGAGAGUUUUGAAGAAGAGGUGUUAUCCAUACACGAAAAUGUUAGCAUCACAGAACCCCAAGCUGAAUUUAUUGAAGGAGAAGCUGUAUCAGGAAGAAGAUCUUUGGAGGAUCCUUUUAUCUCAGAAUACAACAAUGUUGUGGAGGAAGAGCUUUCAAUUGUACAUCAAAUGUCUUCCAUCUCAGAUGAAGACAGUGUAAAAGAAGAUGCAUCUAACACUGUUCAAGUAGAGGAUAUGCUAAUCUCAGGUGACAGUGAUGGAGAGGAAGAAGAGGAACCGGCCCCUUUCAUACAACAAGACAGUAGUUUUGCUGAUGACCAAGAAGAAGAGAAUGGAAGCGAAGACGCACCAGACACAAGUAUUUACGUAGAGGAGGAGAGCAGUAAGUUGAACCAGCAAUUAGAAGACAACUCUCUGUCUUGUCACACUGAAUGCUUAUCUGAGGAUCAUUUUGAUUUAGCAAGUCAAAAUGUAGAGAUUAAUCCGUUGCCAGCAUCGUCAAAUGUGGGUAAAACUCUAGAAAUACCCUGUGAAGUUACUACACAUCAAGUCAGGCAAGGUUUGGACUCUUCUCAGGUAGGAGACAUAGCUUUGGAUAUUCCUGAUAGAGAAGAUACUGUUGGUCAGGCGUUAGAGAAGGAUACUAAUAUGGAGAAUUUGGAUUCUCCUGUUAUAUCUUCUGAGGGAAUUAAAUCUUCCAGGGUUGCAACAGGACAGGUUUCUAUGUCCAGUGAAGAUAAAGGGGCCAAAGUUAAAAUGUUUGAAUCUGGAGAUAUCGCUUUUGAAAAAGGCAUGACAGAGGUAACUUUUGAUUUCGCGAUUAGGGAGGGAUUUGAUGACAGUGCAACUGGUGCAUCUGCUCAGGUAGCACCAACAUCUUAUUCAGAAAUUAAAGUGGUAGAGAAGACCCUAUCUUCAGUGUCAGAAUCAGACCCAGACUCAGGAGAGACAAGAACUUUAAGUUCCAUUGCAAAAAGUAAGGUAGAUGAGGAGGCUGGUAACCUCGUUCAGAAUGAAACUCUGCAAGUAACUGGAGAAGCAACAGGGGAAGGCCCAUACACUGUGGGGAAAACUCUGAUGGACGAUGUGUCAAGAGCUUCUGAUGACACGCAUGGGGCUGAAGCAAUUGGUGUUGAAGUGAGUCCUGUACAGUUUCAGACAGUCAUGAGCCCAAAUCCUCGUAACAAAUCAAGAAAGAGCAAAGAGGAUUCUAAGAAGAAUCCUAAAAGUCCAAAAAGCCCCUCUGGAAAGUGUAAACAACAGUGAGUACUCUGAAUUCAAUGUUGCAUUAUCAACUAUACAGAAACCCAUACCAUUAUAUGUAGAGGUCUGUUUAAGGUCGAAAUGGGUGAAGAAGAGGGAGGUGCAACAAUAUUUAGGAUUUUCUGUCUGUAAGGCCAAAAUGGCCAGGCAAAUUCAAGGAACAACAAGAAACUUGUUGUUUAAUACCAAAAUAUGAACCUGCUACGUUGUUGCAAAAGCAAGCUGUGUCAUGUCGUGCCUCUUCAACGUACUACCCAGGUGCCCACUCCCCUUACUUAAAGUGGACCUAUCAUGCUAUAUUUGAAUAAUAUAGUGUAGGACCAUACCUAUAUAAGGCAUAUUUAUAC